AUGUUCGGCUUCGGUUCCCCUCAGGUGCCUUCCAGCGCACUUCCUCCGCUGCCUAAGGAUGACAAGAACAUCACGGGAAAGUUCGAUCCUACGGCCCUCGAGCGCGGCGCUAAGGCGCUUAAGAUGUUGGAUUCGUCUCCAAACGCCAACAAAGCGUUCGAGCUGACCAAGUUGCAGGAGCUGACCCGUCAGCAGGAGAUUCAGAAGGAGAUCCAGCAGAUGCAUCUUCGGCAGACGGAGCUCGGCGCCCAGCGGGCACGUGUUGAAGGCGACGAGAAACGCAAGUUGAUGGCACAGCAACAGGAGCAGGACCGUAUAACGGCCCAGUACAAGGCGAAGCUGGAGGCUGAAGCGUACCAGAAGAAGUUGCAGGAUCAGCGCCGGCAGAAUGAGGAAUGGCUGCAACAGCAGCAUCAGCAGUUUUUACGUCAGGAGGAGGCGCGCAAGAAAACGGAGAUGGAGAUAUUGAACAUGCGUAAGGCCCAGAUCCGUGAGGAGAAGGCUCUGGAGAGGGAGAACAUGAAAGCACGUGUUCAAGAGGAGGGUCGCGUGCGCAUCGAGCAGGAGCGCAAAAAUUUCGACAUCCACGUCAAAAUGAUGAAGGAGCGAGCCGUUGAGGAACGCCAGACCAAGUUGGAAUCGCUAAAUGUGACGUUCUCGUCGCUGGGGUCUGCAUUUUCGUCGCUUCUUGCCGACAAGCAGCGACUAACGGCCGGGGUUACUUCCCUGACUGCUCUAGCAUUGGGGAUAUACGGCGCUAGAGCGGGAACGCGCCUUGCUGGACGCGUAUUGGAACGUCGUUUGGGAAAGCCCCCUCUAGUUCGAGAAACCUCACGCUGGACUUUGAUGGGCGGUAUGCGCAACAUCUUCACCGCUUCGAUGUUCCCACGGAAGCCUCCUGCCAUAAACAACAUUGUUCUUGACAACAAUCUGCAUCAACGCCUCACCUGGACCACCAACUCCCUCGUGAGUGCGAAAAAGAAUGGCGCUCCUUUCCGUAACCUGCUACUCUACGGCCCCCCUGGUACAGGAAAGACGCUUUUCGCAAAGACGGUGGCCAAAAAUAGUGGUCUAGACUUCGCCAUCAUGACAGGCGGCGACGUGGGCCCCCUGCAGGAGGAGGCUGCGAGCGAAAUAAACAAGUUGUUCCAGUGGUCGAAGAAAACCAAGAAGGGUCUGGUUCUCUUCAUCGAUGAGGCGGAUGCGUUUUUGCGCCAGGGGAGGUCCUACGCCACCGGGAUGUCAGAGAACAUGAGGAAUGCGCUCUCUUCCUUCCUAUAUCACACUGGCACUGAGAGCAAGGAGUUUUGCCUGAUUCUCGCUACCAACGAGCGCCAGGUGUUGGACAGAGCGGUGCUGGAUCGCAUGGACGAGCAGUACGAGUUUGGUCUGCCCGGUUUGGAUGAGCGUAAGCGCAUGAUAUCUCUGUUCAUGCAUACGUACGUGUUGUCACCGAAAAGCAGCGGCCAAACGUUCGAAAUCGACCCCAAUAUCAACGACGAGUUCUUUGCGCGCGUGGCUGAGCGGACGGAGGGCUUUUCCGGCCGGCAGCUCUCCAAGAUGUGCAUAAGUCUGCAGAGCGCCGUCUACGGAUCCGGGGCAAAGAAGCUGACCCUGGAACUGGCAGAUACGGUAGUCAAUUGGCACAUCAACGAGUACCGCAAAAGCCAGGAAAGCGUCGAGACGACGAACACGUUAGCUUAA